AUGCACUCGCUGACGCUGGCUCGUGGUCUGGGCCCUGGCAUUCGUGAGCUAGACAUCACUUCUUCCCUCACCAUGCACAUACCCCCGACCAUCGAUUCAGGCCCGAUGAUGCGCUGCCAAGUUAUGUCAUCCUACUGCGCAGACUACUUUCCUUGUCUAAAGCUCACAAAGGAUGUCAAUCCUACGCAUUUUGUUUUCAUGGGCAUAUUUGCCCUAUCCCCAAAAAGCCUGAUGCUAGAAACUGCCUGUUCUGCAUUGGCGUACAUUUUCCAAGGCAAAUUUCACCAUGAUGAGCAUAUUUUGCAGCAUGGAGUUCGGCUAUACAAUCGUGCUAUUCGCCAAUUGGCGUGCGCAAUGAGUCGCAAAGCCGAUACUGUCAGCACUGAGGAUAUUGUUUAUACUACCGUUAUCUUCCAGCAGAUCCAGAACCACUAUUGUCCACAUAGUCUUGAUCAGUGGCUUGCACAUAUAGAUGGGCUAAAUGCAAUCAUGAGACACUACAGUUCAGUCCUGAAGUGGAUACCCUCAACCCCACUUUUGGAUGCUGUCUGUGGAGAAUAUCAGAAAUUCCAGGUGGCUCUCACUGGAUUCAUGCAUCAAUCUGAUGAUAUAAUAACAUGGCUCAAAGAGCCACGCAAAGGCGGGAUAUGGGUUCAGUAUCUCGAGCUUCUUAUCGAGCUUUCACGAAUUGGCAAGGCUGUCAGCCUUACCAAUACCACUGAUCAUGCUGCUUUCAAAUCUCUCCUUGCCGACUGCCUCGCCCUUGAAACAAAACACCUGGAUUUUUGGACGAAGAUUAAUCCCGAGAGAGAGCCCCCAACAUACGCCCGUGGCGAAUUAAAUACUGGAAUUUCUCCCACGGAUGAUUUUUUCGGCCCAGCUUAUCGCUUUUCUUGUCUUGAUGAUGCCAUUUUACAUUCGGUACUCUGGGUAGCCAUGUCCUUCCUCUAUCCCCUCAUUCGUCAGUGUCGGAUUCUAGCCAACGCAAAAGGCACUCUCCAUCAUACUCGUAGCAAUCUCUUGAUUGACGAUUUUCAAGACGAAGCACAUCGCCUGUCACUUUCUUAUGUCUCCAAGGCUGCUCGGUGCCUUCCAUACUGUGGUCAAAAAGGCAUGAAUGCAUGGGGCAUGUCUUACGCGGUGUGGGUCGCAACUCAGGCAUCCCGGGUAUACGCCCAUGCGAAAGAUUGGGACCGGUUUAUGUGGGCGCAAAAUGCUUUGCUAUACGUUGAGAGCCUUGGAUUCGGAACUGCUGGUCAAUUCAGUAUCAUGUGGGGGAAUUAUUGGUUUGAAACUCACAAACACGACGCUUACAGGGUCAUGAGUUUAAGAAGCCCGAUUGGAAAGGAAAAGGAUAAAAUGUCUCCUUAUGGGGAUGCACAUGUCUACGAGUAUCAAGAGUCUCAGAACAGAGUUUCUAUCGCUUGGAAGUAG